AUGGCUACACCAAGGGCUCUCGAGAGCCCGGACCUCUACAACAUCGGCUGGAUUACCGCCCUGCCCAUCGAGCGAGCCGCCUCGACUGCAAUGCUUGACGAACGUCAUGAUAAGCCCCGUGGCUUCGUCCAGCACCCAAGUGACACGAACGCGUACACUUGGGGCAGGAUUGGCGAACAUAACCUUGUCAUCGCCUCGCUUCCUGCAGGCCAGAUUGGGACUACUCCCGCCGCGACAACGGCAUCGAACCUACUCGCCUCCUUGCCACAGAUUCGAGUCGCCUUGCUGGUGGGCAUCGGUGGCGGUAUCUCCCGGCCGGAGGAGGGAAGGGAUAUAAGGCUCGGAGACAUUGUGGUCAGUCAGCCACAAGGGACAACCGGCGGCGUGGUGCAGUAUGACCUGGGGAAGGCGAAGCUCAACAAGGAGUGGGAGCAGAGAGGAUUCCUCAGCGCGCCACCACCGGUCCUGCUGCAUGCAUUGGCAGCGAUACAGGCCGAAUACGAACUCGGGGAGUCAAGGAUAGCGGAAUUCCUCGGCGGCACGCCAAAGCUAAAGAAGGGCGUGAGCGGGUACUCUCACCAAGGCUUUGAGAAUGACCGACUCUUUAAAGCCUCCUUUGAUCAUACAGGCGCGGCAAACUGCGCCAACUGCAACAAUGAGGAGGUUAUAGAACGCAUUCAGCGGGAUACUACCGAUCCAGAAGUUCAUUACGGCAUCAUUGCCUCCGGGAAUACCGUGGUGAAGAACGCUCUUACUCGUGACGAGAUCGUCCAGGAAGUCGGCGAGGAUUGCAUGUGCUUUGAAAUGGAAGCGGCCGGCCUGAUGAAUCAUUUCCCAUGUCUCGUGAUACGGGGAAUCUGUGAUUAUGCUGAUUCGCAUAAGAACGAUCGAUGGCAACGCUAUGCUUCUGCUACAGCAGCGGCUUAUGCAAAAGACCUCCUAGGCUAUGUGCCAAUUAGAGGGCUUCAGGAAACACCGCGAGCUCUGGAUAUUCUUAGGUCAGUCCGCCAGAAUAUCCAGGAGAUAUACACUAUCGCCAGCGAGACAAAGUCGGGAAUCAAAAGCCUUCAAUCGGACAGCCACCACGCGAAGCUCAAGACGUGGCUCUCGCCCCCUGAUGUAUCCACCAACCUUACCGACGCACUCAAGUGUCGACAGCAAGGAACCUGCUCCUGGCUCCUCCAAAGCAAAAGAUAUCGGGAGUGGAGAAGUGGAAAGCGCCAACACCUCUGGCUACAUGGGAUUCCCGGCUGUGGGAAGACGGUUCUUAGCGCAGCCAUAGUCGACGAUCUAAUGCAACAACUUCAGCCUCCGGAUGUAGUCCUCUUCUUUUACUUUGAUUUUAAAGAAAUCGAGAAGCAGUCACCCAAUAAGAUGGUUCGCUCGUUGGUUGCACAGCUAUACUCAAGCUGUGUCGACUCUCGCGCGGAGUUGGAGAAGCUCUUCUUAUUCUGCGAGAAGGGCGAUCGGCAACCAACAGAAACAGCCCUUCUCUCGACUUUCCUGGAAAUGUCAAAACAUGCAGGAAGACUUCAAAUCGUACUAGAUGCCUUGGAUGAGUGCUCUAUGCGAGGAGAUCUACUCAUGUGGCUAGAAACAUUGUCUCUUUCCGACCACGAAGGACUUCAUCUUCUCGCGACCAGUAGGAAAGAAGAAGAAAUUGAAUCCGGACUUGGCCACUGGCUCGAAUGUACAAGCAUUAUCCUCAUACAAAGUCACAGUAUCAAUCAAGAUAUCCGCACCUACUUACACGAGACACUGCAGAGUGAUCGCGGAUUUGACAGGUGGCAUCGGCGACCAGAGGUAUUGAACGAAAUUGAGGCGGAGUUGAUGCUAAAGGCCGAUGGAAUGUUUAGAUGGGUCGUGUGUCAGAUUGACAGUCUAAAACACUGCCUAGAUCUUCGAAAGCUUCGACAAUCCUUGCGGACACUUCCUGCCACUUUGCAAGAGACUUAUGCGCGAAUUUUGAUUAAUAUUCCGGAGAACUAUCGCAAGGAAGCAAUCCGGAUCUUGCAGUUUCUCACUUACUCGAAUCGGCCUCUCACAGUUGAUGAAGUUGUCGAUAUAAUAGUGGUCGAGCCGGACGAGGACCCCCUCUUUGAUCCCACAUUCAGGAUGCCUGAGACUCGAGAGAUCAUGAGAAUUUGUUCGAGUCUUGUCUCUCAGGUAACAAGACGAAGAGGCCAGAGUACAAUUGAAGAGCUUCAACUGGCGCAUUUUACCGUUCAGCAAUAUCUAGAAUCUGAACGAGUUGAUGGAGCUCUCUCACUGAUGACCGUUGCUGGUGUUAUGACUAGAAUCUGCCUUGCCUAUCUAUCCCAAGUGGACGAAGGAAAGUCGCUCACGGCAAUAAAGGAAGAGCUCCCUUUAGCCAUGUACGCAGCAGAAUCUUGGAUCGACCAUGCAAGAUAUAGCGAGACAAGACCCGACGUGGAGAAAAGCAUCCUGAAAUUUCUUCUCCAUCAGAGCCAGGCAUACGCAGCAUGGGGUAAGCUCUUCGAUCUGGAUCAGCCAUGGAAUGGACCGCUGUGGUGGGCAGAUAAGAAGACGGCACCACCCUUGUACUACGCAUCAUUGGCCGGUCUUCAACACACAGUUCUUGGGCUGUUGGGCAAUGGCGCUGAGGCCAAUGCUGAUGGCGGCGCUUACGGUAAUGCACUCCAGGCAGCCUCAUCAGUCGGUGAAACACACAUAGUGCGGCUGCUACUGGACCAUGGUGCUGAUGUUAACGUACAGGGUGGACUUUAUGGCAGUCCACUACAGGCCGCUUCAAUCAAAGGUCACAAGGAUGUAGUACUGCUGCUGCUGGCUCGAGGCGCUGAGAUCUGUUCGCAAGGAGGUCUCUACAGCGACGCACUUUAUGCCUCGGCAGCUGAAGGGCAUGAGGAGAUCGUGCGGCUUCUUAUCGAUCACGGUGCA